AGGGAACGGGCUCCCGGCAGCCCCCGCGUCCCGGAGUCCAUCCCCGGCUCCUCCCGCCCGGCUGGGCCGAGGACUCCCCAGAGGCUGCCGCGGGAGGAUGUUUCCAGUAAAGCCUUUUCCUCACGAAUCCACACCGCUGCCUUCCUCUUCUCAUCAGGACCCGCAGAUUCGCACCUAAUCACACGUGGUUUGCCCUCAGGUUUCCCAGAUAAAAAUUCCAUUUCUGGCCUGUGGAUCCUCUGUGGAGACCUUGACCAUGGCAUCCGUGUCAGAGCCUGUUACAUUCAGAGAGUUCUGCCCUCUGUACUAUCUCCUCAAUGCCAUCCCUACAAAGAUCCAGAAGGGCUUCCGCUCCGUGCUGGUCUACCUCACAGCCCUGGACACCAGCGGGGACUACAUUGCCGUGGGCAGCAGCAUUGGCAUGAUCUAUCUGUACUGCCGGCACUUCAACCAGAUGAAAAAGUACAGCUUUGAGGGGAAAACGGAAUCCAUCACGGUGGUGAAGCUGCUGAGCUGCUUCGACGACCUGGUGGCUGCAGGCACAGCCUCUGGGAGGGUGGCAGUGUUUCAACUUGUAUCUUCAUUGCCCGGGCGAAAUAAACAGCUUCGGAGAUUUGAUGUCACUGGUGUUCACAAAAAUAGCAUAACAGCUCUGGCUUGGAGCCCCAAUGGAAUGAAAUUGUUCUCUGGCGACGACAAAGGGAGAAUUGUCUAUUCUUCUCUGGAUCUAGACCAGGGCGUCUGUAAUUCCCAUUUGGUGUUGGAAGAGCCGUCUUCAAUCGUGCAGCUGGAUUACAGCCAGAGAGUGCUGCUCGUGUCCACUGUACAGCGAAGCCUGCUUUUUUACACGGAGGAAAAGUCUGUCAAGCAAAUCGGAACACAACCAAGGAAAAGCACUGGGAAGUUUGGUGCUUGUUUUAUACCAGGACUUUGUAAGCAAAGCGAUCUAACCUUGUACGCAUCGCGGCCGGGGCUCCGGCUGUGGAAGGCUGACAUCCAUGGGACGGUUCAAGCCACGUUUAUCUUAAAAGAUGUCUUUGCUGGAGGAGUCAAGCCUUUUGAACUGUACCCGCGUCUGGAAUCCUGCGACAGGGGAGGUGGCAGCUUACCUGAGAAACACCUGGGGCUUGUUUCAUGUUUCUUCCAAGAAGGCUGGGUUUUGAGUUGGAAUGAAUAUAGUAUUUACCUUCUUGACACCAUCAACCAGGCCACAAUUGCUGGUUUGGAAGGAUCAGGUGACAUCGUGUCUGUUUCCUGCACAGAAAAUGAAAUAUUUCUCUUAAAGGGAGACAGGAACAUUAUAAGAAUUUCGAGCAGGCCUGAAGGACUAGCAUCAAUAGUGCGAGAUGGUCUGGAGCCGCCGGGAUGCGCAGAACAGGCCCACGUGCAGCAUGUGGAGAAGCCAGCGGGGGCCACGGCUUCCGAGACCAGGCUCAGGGGCAUGUCCGUGGCCAGCGAGCCGCGGAGCAGGAGCAGCUCGCUCAACUCCACCGACAGCGGCUCGGGGACCCAGGCAGCCCCAGAGCCAGGCAAGGGCGGCCAGCCUGCCACACAGAGGUUCAGCGUGAUCAGCUCAGAAGACUUCGACCAGGAGCUUGUCGUGAAGCCUCUCAGAGUGAAAAAGAAGAAGCGGAAGAAGACAGAAGGCGGAAGCAGGACCACCUACCACAGCUCCCUUGAAUCGACUCCCUGCUCUGAGUUUCCUGGUGACAGCCCCCAGUCCCUCAACACAGACCUGCUGUCCUUGACCUCAAGUUUGGGCAGCACCGUGGACCAGUUGAGCACAGAGUCUCCCGACCAGGAGAGCAAUCUCAGCAGCGAGGCCAAUGGUGACCCGGAAGCAUUUAGUGUCCUGGAGGUGCCUGAACCCGCCUCUGACUUACAGAAUGAAGAGGAUGACAGUAGGACUGAAAGCUUAGGACAUAACCUCGAAGGCGAGCCCGAGCCGCACAGUGGGCUGUUGCAUUCACUCUCACAAUCGGGGGAAGGUGGGGAAGGAGGUGACGUCACAGAACUCGAGGAGGAGCCAUGUCCUGUGGACGACGGACUGAGUGGCAGACAGUCACCCUGCCAAGAACAGGACAGCUCUGCUGAGGCCCAAGAAAGGGAGGGCUGGGACCCUGAUGACCCCCAAAGCACAUUUUCUGAAGCACCCCUCCUGGACACACCGCCAGUGCCGUCCAGCCUCAGCUGGGCCCCCAGUGCUGAGGGCUGGCUGCUGGGGACCAGAGCUGAUGAGGGCAGUACCGAGGAGCCCAGCGAAGAGCAGGGCUUUCUAGGCCACAUAGGGGCCCCUAGCCACCUCAGCUCAAAUCCCUGGCAUGCUGUCCCUGAUGCCAGCCAGCAAGCAGGGGUCUCUUCCAAAUGUGAGCUGGGAAGGGUGGGCAGACAGCCGGCUCCGCUGGUCUCUGCCGUGGCGGCCAGCGCCCUCGAGCCUCACCUCGAGCAGCCUUCACGGGACCAGGUGUUGACAUCCAGUGAUGAGGAGGACAUCUAUGCCCACGGUCUGCCCUCUUCAUCCUCGGAGAUGAGCGUGACAGAGCUGGGAGGCAGUCACUCCCCGCAGGACCUGAGCCAGCCAGCCACCGAUGACACUGGGCUGCUAAAGUCAGAUCAGUUUGCAGAAAGCUGGAUGGGCUACUCUGGCCCCGGCUAUGGCAUCCUCAGCUUGGCGAUCUCCGAGAAGUACAUUUGGUGCCUGGACUACAAAGGCGGCCUGUUCUGCAGUGCGUUGCCAGGCGCGGGGCUGCGCUGGCAGAAGUUUGAAGACGCCGUCCAGCAGGUGGCAGUCUCACCCUCAGGAGCCCUUCUCUGGAAGAUUGAACAGAAAUCGAACCGAGCUUUCGCUUGUGGGAAAGUGACCAUCCGGGGCAAGCGACACUGGUACGAGGCUCUGCCGCAGGCAGUGUUUGUGGCGCUGAGUGAGGACACAGCCUGGGUCAUCAGGACCAAUGGAGACCUAUACCUGCAGACAGGUCUCAGCGUGGAUCGCCCCUGUGCCAGAGCCAUAAAGGUCGACUGUCCGUACCCCCUGUCCCAGGUCACAGCCCGAAACAGUGUGGUGUGGGCGCUGACUGAACAGAGAGCCCUCCUGUACCGGGAGGGCGUGAGCAGCUUCUGUCCUGAAGGGGAGCAGUGGAAAUGUGACAUCGUCAGGUAUCAGCGGGGAGGAGCUGGGACCCCUUCAGCGGCUGGUUUGUCCCACCCCCGUUCUUGUCAGGGGGCUCCCCUUUCCUGGACACAGCUGGUUCCCGGGGACCAGCAGACCCUGUGGGCCCUGGACAUCCGUGGAAACCUGUGGUUCAGAACCGGCAUCGUUCCCAAGAAGCCCCAAGGAGACGACGACCACUGGUGGCAAGUGAGCAUCACAGACUACGUGGUGUUUGACCAGUGCAGCUUGUUCCAGACCAUAAUGCACGCCACACACUCGGUGGCCACAGCGGCCCAAGUACCUGUCGAAAAGGUGGCGGAUAAACUGCGCAUGGCGUUUUGGUCUCAGCAGCUUCAGUGCCAGCCGAGCCUUCUCGGGGUCAACAGCAGUGGUGUGUGGAUCUCCUCGGGCAAGAAUGAAUUCCAUGUCGCCAGAGGAAGUCUCAUCGGCACUUACUGGAAUAAUGUUGUUCCCCGUGGGACAGCUUCUGCAACAAAAUGGGCCUUUGUGUUGGCUUCUGCUGCUCCCACAAAGGAAGGAAGCUCCUUGUGGCUGUGCCAAGGCAGCAAGGACCUGUGCAGUGUCAGCGCCCAGCACGCGCAGUCCCGCCCGUCCACGGUGCAGCUGCCUCCCGACGCCGAGAUGAGGGCCUACGCCGCCUGCCAGGACGCACUGUGGGCCCUGGACGGCCUGGGCCAGGUGUUCAUCAGGACGCUCUCCAGGAGCUGCCCCACGGGCAUGCACUGGACGCGGCUGGACCUUUCCCAGCUAGGAGCCGUAAAACUGACGAGCUUGGCGUGUGGGAAUCAGCACGUCUGGGCCUGCGAUUCCAGGGGCGGCGUGUACUUCCGCGUAGGAACCCAGCCUCUCAAUCCCAACCUGAUGCUCCCGGCCUGGAUAAUGAUCGAGCCACCUGUCCAGCCCGCCGGGGUCACCCUGGUCAGUGUCCAUUCCAGCCCCAACGACCAGAUGCUGUGGGCGCUGGACAGCAGGUGGAAUGUGCACGUCCGACUUGGAAUCACCGAGGAGAUGCCAGUGGGGACCGCCUGGGAGCAUGUGCCAGGGUUGCAGGCCUGCCAGCUGGCGCUGAGCCCCAGGGCCGUGUGGGCCCGCUGCCCCAACGGCGACCUCGCCCGAAGGUACGGCGUCACCGACAAAAACCCUGCCGGAGACUACUGGAAGAAAACUCCCGGGACCGUGACAUGUCUCACAGUGACCUCGUCAGAUGAGCUGUGGGCAGUGGGCCCCCCCGGCUACCUCCUCCAGCGGCUGACAAGGACUUUCAGCCACUCGCACGGUGCCCAGAGCAGCCACGCCAGCACUGCCCACCCUGAGGACCUGGAGGCUGAGUGGGAGGUCAUCUGAAGGGGCUCUCGGGCAGGGUCGCUCGAGGGAGGAAGCCGAAACUUGUGUGGUGGACAGUCGGUUUCUGAGCCGCUCCCUCCUGGACACGCCUCAUCAACUCUUGUCCAGACACGCCUGGCCGUGUUGGACCCCCCACAUUGCUUUCAUCCAUGUUUGCCUCCAUCUCGUUCCAGAACCCCCAUCUUCAGCCAGGUGAUCGGAGCUGUUGCGGGAGCUCUGGGGCCUCUGAACCCUCUGGGUGGGGAGAGUGGCUGCUGCCCGUCACCCAUGUGAUGCAGUCACCUUCUCAUCACUGGCCACCCCAGGUCCCAUUGUGGGGACGACAUGGGGAGCCUCCCAUGGGCAGGACGAGUCCAAGCCAGGUCUGGGGACCCCCCUGUGAGCCACUGCAGGCAGCCACAUAGUAGCUAAAGGUCAGUGCUCCCCACCCACUGUUCCCGUGGAGGCUUUGUCUCCAUCCCAGGGUCCCCACACACACACAGGGAUGCGGGUUCCAGCACACAUUCCUUCUAGACACCCCAGAUGGGAAACCAAGGCCGUGUCUGAGAGGCGCUGGGCUGUGCCGCGACAGAGGAGUCAUACACACCAUGCCCAAGCUGGGCACACUCACCCGGAGGACACCCUCCAGCUGAAACAGCAAAGGCAGGAAGUGCACUCCUGUCUCCCGGGUGGGGACGACACAGGAAGGUCACCAGUGGGGACAUAGCCGAGCCAGCAAACUCAGAAGUGUCUUUAGAGUGCCGUUGAACGCGUGCUGCUGUGGACGUGGUAAAAGCCAGACGCAUCCUGAGAGGAUGACGUACUGAUUGUUGCCUUUUUUGUUUGUUGUAUUACAAACCUGCAUAAAAUACCUCAUUUGAAAUCAAAUCUUACAAAUUUAGAAGAGAAAUUUAUUUUCUGAAACCAGUGGAAGGGCUUUCAUUCCUUCUCAUGGUUUAUCCUGAGCCUGCAGCUUCAGAGAGGGUGGGUGGCAGUCCUGCGUGUCCCCUGCAUGUGGGGCAGUCAUGGGACCUGCCCUUGGCUUUGAGUGGCAGCCUGGCACUGUCCGCAGCAUUUGGGCUGAUCUCCCCAGACGGUUAAAGCUGGUGCUUGGUGUGGCCACAUCAGGCGGCAGUCCCUGAGGCCAGCCUGCGGUGCCCAGUCUUUUCGUGGGCACCUGACCCACAGGAUCGACGACAGCCUGGCGUGUGUCUGCCUCGAGCCCACCGCCCCCCUGCUGGAUGCAGCGCCCCAUCAUGGCUCUGGCCUAGCUGCUGUUUUUAGCCUGCCUUUGGCCUGGGGCCCAGUUACUUGAGUGAGGCCUGUUCUACCGAGCGAGUGUGUCCAGGAGCCCCCAGGCCCCAGCUGAAGAGCGAUCAAGUGUGUCCUGUGACAGGCCCCAGCCAGCCGUGAAGAUGGAGGUCUUUCAGGUCAAAAUGAGGACAAGAUACUGAAACCCCAGCUCUUACCUCACACUGCACUUUUAUGGAAUCCAUUUGUUUAAGUUUGGUGACAGCAGAGGCCGCCCUGGGCUGCCUGCGGCUCCUCGUCAGCGUCUGUUGUGCCUUCCCGGCUCCCUUAGGCGGCAGAGCCUUCCCAAACCCACGGGACUUUAGUGCAAUGAAACCCAAGUCCAGCUUGAUACUGUUAAACGACUUGUAGCCUCAGUGCUUUGUGCGGCUUUCUUCUGGUCUGAGAGUGCAAUAAACUAGACUUUUUCCUAACCUGGUCAAGUCUGAUGUUGGAGCUGUGCGGAGGUGUCCCCCGCAGGCCUACGUGAAGGCUGGUGUUCCCUCCGUGCUGGGAAGAAUCUGCCCGAGGCUUGCCAACCCAGCCGCUCAGCCAGGACAGCGUAGGCGGACCUGAUUCCGUGACCUGGUUUGUGUUUACAUGCACGCCGGCCUGCCCGGGGUGGCUGUCCUGGGAGAAUGGUCACUCUAGAGAUGGCCACCCCGGCACUCCCUGAAGAGGACACCUUAUCAUGAGGUGGCGUGCAGGGCUGUCUCCUCAUGGCGGCCCACCAAGGCCAGGCCACUAAGGGCAGGUUUUGGAGGGGUUCAAGGCCCUGGAGCUAUCUCCAUCCAAGAAACAAAACCAAAUAUCAGAAGUGCCCUACUGGAAAACAACGUACGGAGAAAGGUCACAUCCAUAACAGCAGCAGAACACAUGUCCCAGGAAACAACUGAGCAAGACAUAUCACGCUCGUGUCAAGAAAUGGCCAAGCUUUCCAGAAGACAUCAAAGAAAACUGGAGUCAAGGAAGGAUGUCCACCAUUCCUGAUGGAAGGCAGGGUAAAACAACAGUUAAAGACAUCAGUCCUCUCCAAAGGACUUUAUGGGUUUAAUGCAAUUUGUCAGAAUCCCCACUGGGAUUUUCAUGUUGGGGGAAGGCAGGGAGGAAUUCACAAAAUAAGGAUUGUCCCACAGACGACGCCUUAACUAUGCCGGACGUGUCCCUAGGGUCACACAUAGCCACACGUCCUCACUAGGGCCCUGAGGUAAUACCAUUUGCCCCAGCGUAACACAGAGAGGCUAAGGAGCUUGUCACGGUGACACGGGGAGCGCGGGUAUUGGCACCCAGCCCCGGAACUCCAGACCUGUGCUGUUGGAUGCCCCUCCCUGUCCUGGAAAGAAGAAACAGCUGAGAAUUGCCAAGAGUGAUGACAGGCCAGCAAAUGAAGUGUGGCGUGGGUGGAAGGGCCAGUGACGUCAGACAGUCCAGCCAGGCCCACAGGGAGCUGGCAUGACGCAGGCGGCGUCACGGAUGAGGGGAGAGAGCAUGACUUCACACCCGCUAUGCCCCACUGCUCAGUUAUUUGGACAAAAUAAAUAUGAAAUAGAUUAAAGAAUCUUAAAACUAGGGGGGAAGCGGUAUCUGAUUUCUGGACGGCAAAGGCUUCCUAAACUCAGAAGUCACGGGAAAGGCCACAAAGGAAAAUAGAUUGGGUUGCUUCAGAGUGUAAAAUACUGUGAAUUAAAAACCCCACAUAAAAUUAAAAGGGAAAUAAUUGCAAACAAAGGUGAUGUGAUGUUGGAUAUACACCCUAAACAUCUGUACACACCAGUGGAGGGGACACCUAUGACAAAGGAGAUGGAAGGGCAGCACUUACCUGACGCCCUGGCUCCCCAGCGCAGGGGUGCAAACGGGGCAGGUUGGGGGCCCCGGGAGCCCAGCAGCGGCCUUAAAACCUUCAUACCCAUGAGCUCCACUCCUGGACACCUAUCCUCAAGAACAAAUCCUGAAUCGGGGGGGGGGGACAUACAGCGUGGCCUUGCUUAGAACUGUGAAACACUAAUAAAACUGACGUUCGGGCCAUCCCUCCAGGGACAGCAAGCCACUGUUAAAAGGUGUGCUUCCAGCGACAAGGGCGCUGGGCAGUCUCACCUUAUUUUCUUGUGUGAACGGUGAAUUUCUGGGGUGUAGUAAUGACAUUGUGGUUUUGGAGGAGAUCAUACAAACAGGGAAAGAGAAAGAGAAGAGACAGGAAGAUAACGCAGAUGUGUUGGUUAUACUCUUACUUUUGGUGGGUUUGAAAUUUUUCGUAAUUCCAGGGGACACAGGAGGUGCAGAAGGAAAAGUUCUGCGGCUGGUCGCGGUGGUUGUCUGGAGUAUGUACCUUUUUGUAUCUUUUGAACUUUGAGCCAUGUAAAUGUAUUAUUUAUUCCAAAAAUAAAUAAAAUUCACGUUUAAAAAA